AUGCUCGCUCUUAAGGGGUUGCAGGUCACAGCAACCUCUCGAAAACACUCCACCUCUUCCCUGGUGGCCAGUCCCGAAGACGCUUCGGCAAAGAAUGCCGUUGUAACAGGGACAGAUUCCGUGCGGGGGUUUCCGAGGGCACCAAGAGGGUCGAGGACGCCGAAGACCCAAAUUGCAGCGCUCAAAAGACUGCGGGAGACAUACAGGAGAAAAUGGGCGGAGAAGAGGCAGCGACUUCUGGUCUUCAAAUGCCAGGAGCUUGGCCUUCCGACCCACCUGUCGUCACUGCGUCUGGCGAACUUCGACCCGGACACUAUUUUUCCUGGGGUUGUCACCCUGAGCAAUCAACUGUCGGCGAUUCUGCAGAAGCAACUCACCCCUCCGCAAGAAAGCGAGUUCGAAGAUCACGUCCUCCAUUGCCUUGCAACUAUGGUUUAUGGAUCCAAUAUGAUUGAGCGCGCAGGGAGUGGUUUCAGGAUCACCCUCAUACUCUGCUUCGCAAUUUUUCGCGGCGAGGAGAUUCCGGAGGACAUAGAAGAAACAGAGGAAGUGUUCUUGGAGUUGAAAAAGAAGCUCCUACGCAACGACAUGCUAGCAAAUGUUUCCACAGUUUUACAAAGUCGUAGGGAAAUCAUUCAGCAUGCAAAGGCCGCCUCCUACAUCAUUAGUCAACUUUGCGUUUAUGAUAAGGACCUUAGUGCAGAGGGUGUGUAUCGUACGGAAGAAGUUUCUGCUGGCCUCCAUGCCUUCCCCCAUCACAGCCUUGUCCCCUUUAAAAUGAAAGCAAUGGUUCCCGAACUGGAGUCUGACCUGGAAGAAGCUAUUGAUAAAAGAACAGUUGAUCCUGUUGCCAUUGCUUCGAAAUACACUCACAUCUUUGUCAAUAUCCAUCCAUUUAUCGACGGAAAUGGACGUAUGUGUCGUCUGAUCUUGAACUCGAUGCUUCUCAAGCUUGGCAGUUUCCUUGUGUGCAUCGGCGAGAAGGAAGAGGACCGCUCCCUUUACAUGGCAGUCGCUAGCAACGGGGGUGCACUAGAGGAUAUGUAUGGAGAUCUUGAUGAAGAUGAGAAACCAGCUAUGCACAAGGAGCUAGGAGGUUUUGUUCUGUCGCAUGCCAAGAGUAUGCGCAAGCUGGUCACGAUGCUUUCGUGA